AGGCUUUUCCCAAAAUUGUUUGCAGUUACAAACACUGAACAAUGACAACACGUGAAGAAUCGCCACCACCCCCACCCCCACCCCCAAAACCUCCUGGGGAUAAUGCCUCCCAGGCAUCAAAGGGGUAUCAGUAUCAGCAGCAACCAGUCCACUAUGGCCAGAGUUACUCAACAACUGAAAAUUCCUAUUAUCAACCAAUGUCAACAUCUGGUAGUACUUCAGCAACCAAUGCCAUGAGUGGAACAAAUUCUCAGUAUUUGUAUCAACCUAGCAGUGCUAGCUCAUAUCAAGCAGCAAGCUAUUCCACAGCUAGUCAGCAAUCUACACCACAGAGUACCCAGAAUUCCCAGUACGAGUACAAUAAUCAAGGAUAUUAUGAUGGUCAGAAUUCUUCUCAAGGACAACAAGCCAGUUACAACACAUCUUCAAACACCACACAGAGUUAUUCACAGUACCAAGAUACAUCAGGCUACUACAGUUCUAAUCAGAACUAUGACUAUUCUGGUUACCAGUCAGGAAACCAGUAUCAGUCAGGGAACCAAUACCAGCAAGGGAACCAGUACCAGUCAGGGAACCAGCCAAAUUAUGACUCCUACAGCACUGCUAACUACAACUAUAGUGAUUAUUAUGGCAAUGGGUAUGAUGGUUAUGGGAAUUACUAUGGGUACGGAGAUAGCUCCCAGGAUCAGAAUGGAUCAUAUGGGAAUAACACUUAUGGUCAGAAUUAUACAGGUCAACAGGAUGGGAAGACGUGGACUAGCAGUAGUGGAAGUCAAAGUAAUAGUGGACAGCAAAAACUUGCUCCUCAAAGGGAUCCUCGACUGGAAAGGAGGGGAGGAGGGGGACAGACGCAGGGAGCUGGGAGAGGGAGAGACAAUCACCAGCAACCAAGCAGUGAGAAACAGCCAGAAACAACAGGUGAAGGAAGAGGAAGAGGGACCAAUGCAACUAGACCUGACAGGGGUGGGAGAGGGGGACAUGUACCUAAUAGAGGAGCUUAUCAUGGAAGUUACAGAGGAGAUAAUUUUGAUCCAGGGAGACAAUAUGAGGAUAAAGAUUACAGAAAAAGACCCCCUCAAAUGCCUCCAAUUCAUGAUAAUCAUGAUAGUUCCCAGGACAGGAGGAGGUAUAAUGAUAACAGAGGAAGUGGAUACAAUCAGAUGUAUUCAAAUGAGGAAGAACAUUACAAACCUUACCAACAUCCAGAUAAAGGGUGGAAUAGGGAAGAGAACUGGGGCAGAGGAUGGCAAGAGGGCUAUAGAGAUCCCAGAGGAGGGGAUCGUGGGAGGGAAAGAGGUGGGGGCCGAGGCAGAGGAGAUAGAGGUCCUAGGAGGGGUGGUUAUGAUAGGGGUGGUAUUCCAGGUAGAGGUAGAAAUAGGGAUGAUGGUGCAAGCUUCAGGAACCAGCCACCAUCUCCAAUUCAUAGUGGGCCAAGUCAGAGAGGGAGAGGAAGAGGAGGACAAAGUCUCCUACAAAGCAACAACAGAUUUGAGAAAAAUCAGAAACCAAUGCCAUUUAAAGACCAGAGUGUAAGGGAGAACAAAGAGAGUGUUCAUGGUGAUAAUAAAUCGACUCCUAACAACAGAAAUAUCAGUAAAGACAUUAAACAAACAGAAAAGCACAAAAUUGAUAUGAAAUCAGAGAAAGCUGAGGAGCAGCCUCCAGUGAAAAAGCCAUGUAAAAUUGAACAUAAGGUAGGAGUCAAGGCAUCAGCUUCAAAACCAGCAGUGGCAAUGGAAGUCAAAAUAGAACCUGUUGUGGAAAAUCAACAGAGUACUGUUAUUGAAUCACAGACCCCAAAACAGAGUGUAGUGAAGUCAGAAGUUACUGCUCCAGAUGACACAGCACCAACUCUACCAGACAGUACUUCCAAAGAUAGCAUAACAGGUCCCUCUCCUCCAAAGAAAAAGAAGCCAGCUGAUGAUCUGAUAGAAGAUCCAGAGGUACAGAAAGCAUUGGAGGAAAUGAUGACUCCCUUGUUUUGUAAGCUGUGCAAUUUAACUAUCAAUCACCCCUCACAAGCCCAGUCCCACUACAAUGGUAAACACCAUGCCAAAAAAGUAAGGCUGUAUAAGCAAUCGGCAGCACUUGAGGCCACUCUUGCUAGGAAAGCAGCACAGGGAGAUAUUGUGACCACGUUGAAUCUGGUUACUGAAGUUACCCCAGCAUCAGAAUCUGAUGAUGCUCCUAAGGAAGAAAACAACCAGACUCUCAGUGAGAGUGUAAUUGAGAAGAUGAAAGAUGAAAAUGACCGUGUGUACUGCAAGUUGUGUCAAGUUGCAUUCAACUCACCAAAGCAGGCCAUCCAACAUUAUGAGGGGAAGAAUCAUGCUAAGAAAAUGAAAGCUGCUGGCAUAGUUCACAUAUCAGAGACAGAUAAACAGCAUGUCAAAAUAGAUGGUGCUGUGUUUGAGUGCAAGAUGUGCUGUGUUCAGGUGACCUGCAAUGAACAGUUACAGUCCCAUUUGAAUGGAGCCAAACACAAAGGCAAACUGAGAUCCCUAGAGAGAGCGUCAGACUCGAAUCGAGGUCGAUGGGGAGGGAGAGGGAGGGGGAGAGGAAGGGGAAGAGGAGUGCUUGCUGGAUUGGCCAGUGAAGAACACAAUGUUGUGACCAUCCAGACCCAGCAGUCACGGAAGAGAGGGCGAGAUUAUUCCAACUUCCGAACACCAAGUGGAGGGUAUUACUGUAGUAUCUGUAAUGUGACAGUUAAUGGUGAAAAUCAGUUUGCACAACACAUGGACAGUCGCAAACACAAGAGUAAAUAUGCUAAUCACAAGAUCACUGAAGAGGAGCAGCAGCAACAGGAUUUGACCAGUUAGAAUCAGAGUAAACUGGAGUAAACAAGUUUUUCAAAUGGAAACCUUUUAUCAUAAGGGCAUAUUAUGUCAGAUAUGUUUCUUUUUUUCUCUCUCUCUAUCCAUCUUUCUCUCUCUCAAAAACCAGCAGUUAAUUCAUGAUUGUACAUGUAUAAAAUUUGUUGGCUAUAUUAAGUUUGAACAACUUCAAUUUAUAAGGAAUGUGUAUUUUUUGUGAUAGACAAAAUUUAAUUUAUUGAAAAAAAAACAUCAUUCAAUUUUGAAUAUUAGUGUCACAUGUAACUGUU